ACUACAGAGUUCCUUCUUCCUCUCUCUCUCUCUCUCUCUCCCCACUCUCGAUAUAGAGAGAGAGAGACGGACAGAGAUUGAGGCUUAUAGAUAUAGAUAUAGAGAGAGAGAGAGAGAGAGGAUUACCUUACCUGCAGAGUUUAAAGAGUUGUUGAAAAGAGGGGGGGGAGAGCGAGAACAGAGUACUACUACUGUUCCUGGAAGAUGAAGGCGACGAGUACUGUUGGCUCCAUCGGUUUCGUUUGAACGGCCUCCGUUGUUGUUGGACGGCUUGAUUUGUCGAAGGUGGAAACAAUGGAUCCGUGUCCUUUUGUGCGCUUGACGGUGGGUAAUCUGGCGCUGAAGAUCCCGGUGGCGUCGAAGCCCGCCCGCUCCGUCGUGCAUCCGUCGUCAUCGCCAUGUUUUUGCAAGAUCAAACUUAAGAACUUCCCUCUCCAGAGCGCGGUGGUUCCGUGCGUGUUGCCGGAAAGCCAGUUCCCCGACGGGCAAGUGCAGGCGUCGGCGGUGACUUUUCACUUGAGCAAGUCGGAUAUACACAGGUUGGCCGGGAAAUCGCUCUUUGCCGGGAAACUUUACUUGAAAAUUUCUAUUUAUACGGGCCGCAGGGGGACAACCUGUGGCGUGAAUUCCGGGAGGCUGUUGGGGAAGGUGUCUGUGCCAAUGGAUCUGGCUGGGACGGAGUCUAGGGCUUGCGUGUUUCACAAUGGCUGGAUUUCAGUCGGCAAAGACGCGAAACGCUCGUGCGCUCAGUUUCACCUCAAUGUGAAGGCAGAGCCUGAUCCGAGAUUCGUGUUUCAGUUCGAUGGCGAGCCUGAGUGCAGCCCGCAAGUGUUUCAAAUCCAAGGCAACAUCCGCCAACCGGUUUUCACCUGCAACUUCAGUUUCAGAAGCAACACCGACCGGAAUCCCCGGUCUAGAUCGUUACAGUCUGAACAGGGAAGUUCCCGGGCGUGGUUGAGUUCGUUCGGAAGCGAGAGAGAGAGGCCGGUGAAGGAGCGGAAGGGCUGGUCAAUCACUGUCCAUGACCUCUCCGGUUCACCGGUGGCCGCAGCGUCAAUGGUGACUCCAUUUGUGGCCUCGCCCGGUUCCGACCGGGUGAGCAGGUCCAACCCUGGCUGCUGGCUCAUCCUGCGGCCGGGUGACGGCACCUGGAAGCCUUGGGGCCGGCUCGAGGCCUGGCGCGAGCGCGGCGCCCAUGACGGGCUCGGCUACCGCUUUGAGCUCAUCCCCGAAAAGGGUGGCGGCGGCGUUGUCCUGGCCGAGUCGACCCUCAGCUCGAGCAAAGGCGGGAAGUUCGUCAUCGACCUGGGCUCCAACCCCAACGGCCGGUCCACACCGGGCAACUCUACGUCGCCGGCGUGCAGCCCGAGAGGGAGCGGGGAUUACGGGUUAAUAGGGCUGUGGCCGUAUAGCGUGUACAGAGGGUUCGUGAUGUCAGCAAGAGUGGAAGGGGAGGGAGUAAAGAGCAGCAAGGCGACGGUGGAGGUGAGUGUGCAGCACGUGAACUGCACGGAGGACGCAGCCGCAUUCGUGGCUUUGUCAGCGGCGAUCGAUCUGAGCAUGGACGCUUGCAGGCUUUUCUCUCAAAAACUGAGAAAAGAACUUUGCCCACCACAAGAUUUACUCAGCUGAUCCAUCAUCCAUCCAUCCAUCCGCCAGCCCACCCUCCCUCGUCGAAUAUGCCUCGUCUUCGUUGGGUUUCUUUUUCACCGAGUUUUUUUAACAGGCUUUUUUCUGAUGUAUAUAGAGAUUUGAGUGACCGGGGCAAGCUUUGGUUUUUCACUUGUGUGGCUUGUGUGAUUUUAACCCACCCUUGUUAAGAACUUUUUAUUUUUGUUUUUUGUUUUUUUUUUAAAUUUCUUCCCAAUUUUUAUUAUUAAACUAAUGUUGUAGCAAGGGCGUUAACUGACCUACGCAAAGACUUUGGGUCAAGGCAAGAGCAUAUAGUGUUUAAUUG